AUGUCUACAUCUUCAAUCACAACAACAGCAGCAGAAACAGAAACAGAUACUAGAAAAAGUUUGGAAGAAGGAGGAUUUUCAGUUGAUGAACAAAUAGAUUAUGUUGCCACCACAGCUUUGACUACCAGAUCAUCUGAUUCAUCUUCUCAAUCAUCUUCUGAAAAACUCGAGCCGUUAUCUACAUCAUCUUUUGUUUUACAUGAAGCAACACACCAUAAAUUCAAUCGCACCAAAAGUGGCCGGGUUUUUGAAAAAGAUCUUAAAGAUAUUUUCUCUUUGCUUAUCAUUUCAUUGAAUUUGAAACGAAAUGUCACUAAUGUGGUUUCCCUUUUAUCACCCUUACUGAAGUUCAAUGGCAUUUUGACAAAGAAAUAUCCGUAUACGUUUAGUAUAGAUUCUGCAAUUGAAUCUAUGAAAGACUUGAAAUUGACAAUAGAGUUGUCUUCUACAAUAACGAGAAUAUCGUAUAGUUUCAAGCCAGAAAUGAGCAAGUCUUUGAUAUCACAGUUCUACAAAGCUAAAUUCUUGCAUUCUCCAGCUGACCGAACUCGAAGCAAUCCAAAGGCAAAUGUCAGUCUACAACCGACUCCAAAGGGACUUGCAAUAGUGCAAGAUUUUUGUGAACGAUUGGGAAUGGCUACUGAUGAUUAUCCUGAAAUUUUAACGGCAAUAGAUUUCAAUACCAUGUCGUUGUUCAAGUUUGAAAGAGAUUUAUCUACGGAUAAAAUAUUGUAUUCUGAAUACUUUCUUCAUUUGUUAUUCAACUUGCUUAUGGGGCCAAAACCAAAUAUUUGGACAGCUUCCAACAAGCCCGACCCUCUUCCAGAAACAAGUUUGAUUAGUAAGGAUAAAUACGGAAGUUUCAAUAAAAAUCUUUCUAAGCAAUUGGGUGACAAGCAAAAGUGGGCACAAGGCGGUUUCAGUUUUGCAAACUACCAGAGUGAAGCCUCGAAAAAGCAGAACGAGAUAGAUGAGAAAUCUUCAGACAAUGAACCAGUUGUGAUAUCUUCAUUCUAUCAUAGAUAUUUUACAAACCCCGAGUCUGAAGCCCAUAUUCAAUACUAUGUGUCGUCCGUUGGUGUUAGAUUAUUGCGGGAAAAAGAAUUUACAGACAAAUCUGGGAAAACAAUCACUGCUGACUAUUGCAUUAGUGGGAAAGCAAUUUGUCAAUGGAUUUUGGAUUGUACCGAUAUCUUGAAUCCUAAGCAUGCUUACGAAAUCGCUGCUUUGCUUUUGAAAUCUGGUUUGAUUGUAGAAGUUCUUGCUUCCGGUGACAACGUAUUUGCAAGAGAAAAGCACUACAAACUAACAAGACUUGGCCUUUCAAUAUCACAAUGGGAGAAAUAUAAUUCGGGUAAUAAGCACAGGAAUUUACCAGACAGGUUGGUUCAUGCUAGAAAUAAAGCCACCAAUUUAGAUAAUGCCAAGUUGACUUUAGAAGAUGUGCUUAAUGAUCCAGGAAUGAGAUUCCAAUUUAGGAAACAUUUAAACAAGGAAUAUUGUAUUGAAAACUUGGAGGCAUAUAACCAUUUAAUGCAGUUUGAGAAGAAAUAUUGCCUUUGGAAGAAAUUGAAUUUAUUGGUUGAAAACUCCUCAGUGGAAAAGGUGGCAAUCAGAAACUCCAGUGUUGAAAAUCAUAUGAGAAAUUUAGUAGCCUCCUGUAUCUCCAUUGCAUACCAGAUCUUUAAUACCUAUUUGAGUGAUGAGUCGCCUCUCAUUGUCAAUAUCGACUUCAAGCUAAGAUCCAAAAUUACCCAGGUGAUGAUAGUUCACAAUCCUAAAGGGGGUGCAGAAAGAGAUGAUGAGUCUAUAAAAUAUUUGGAUACUCCAACCGAAGACGACAAUUCCCCUGUGAUCACCCCAAUUGUCAAUAAUCAACAAGAUAAUGUGGAUCUAGAUAUGGAUACUCAUCUGACUGCAGAAACAAAUUUAAAAGAAAUAGCUGCUUUGUUGUCUCAAGUUCGUCUUCAAGUAUAUCGAUUAAUGGAGGUGGACUCCAUUCCAAAGUUUUUGGGAACUUUGUCAAACAACCAAAAUUUAACUGCAACCUCGAAUUUUACAUCUUUAGAAGAAAAUUAA